AUGUCAGUAAGAAAUCGUACGGCACCCGGUCCCGACAGAAUAAGACCAGAACACUUGAAGAGCCUUCCGCCAGUACUCAUCAACACCCUGGCGAGGCUUUUUACACGUUAUCUGUCGGAAUGUAAGGGAGAUCCACAUGACAUCGGCAACUAUCGUCCAAUCUGCCUACUGUCCGUCAUCUACAAGCUCAUUACAAGAGUGAUCCUUAAUAGGAUUGAAAAAGUCUUGGAUGAAGGACAGCCAUGCGAGCAAGCAGGGUUUCGAAAAGGAUUCAGCACGAUUGACCACAUUCACACUGUUUCGAAACUCAUCGAGGUAUCACGAGAGUACAAGAUGCCGCUCUGUCUCCCCUUCAUCGACUUGAAAAAGGCCUUCGACUCAGUUGAGACGGAAGCGGUCGUGGAAGCCUUGGACAACCAAGGCGUCCCUACUCAGUACAUAAAGGUGCUUCGAGAGUUGUACAGUAACUUCACGACCGGAAUUUCGCCAUUCUACAAGAACAUCAUCAUUGACGUGAAGAGGGGGGUCCGACAGGGUGAUACAAUUUCACCCAAAAUAUUCACAGCCACCCUCGAGAACGCAAUGCGAAAGUUGGAAUGGGACGACAUGGGAGUGAAGGUUGAUGGUCGGCAGCUACACCAUUUGCUGAUAACAUCGUACUGA